AUGACUUUCUCAUGGCGCCGGAGGAGAGCAAAGCCCGACGAGCCCCGCCCAGAAGCCGACCGGAACAUCACCGGCAUGGAGCUCACGACAAUCCCGGUCCACUUCUUGUGCCCUAUCUCCCUCGACCUGAUGCGCGACCCAGUGACCCUACCCACCGGAAUCACUUACGAUCGCGAAUCCAUCGAGACGUGGCUCGACUCCGGCAACAGAACAUGCCCCGUCACCAACCGACUCCUUCCCGAAAUCCCCGAGCCCGUCCCGAACCACUCCAUCCGGAAACUGAUCCAGGACUGGUGCGUCCUGAACCGUUCCUGGGGAAUCGAGCGCAUCCCGACCCCACGAGUCCCAGUCGCCCCUCACGAAGUCUCCGAGAUCUGCUCGGCUAUAGACGACUCCGUGAGGUGCGAGGACGCGGUUAAGUGCCGGGAAUUGGUCGGCCGGAUUAAAUAUCUGGCGAGGGAUAGCGAACGGAACAGGCGUUGUAUGAUGGGGAAUGGGUUGGGGCCAACGGUGGCCGGCGCAUUUGAUUCGUUCGCCGCCCGUUUUCCGAUCGAAGGCGACGAUAGACUGGACUUACUGAAAGAGAUUCUCUCGGUGCUGACGUGGACGUCAGGUUCGCUGGGGGAGGACGGCGCGUCGAGGCUGAAGUCGACGGUCUCCCUACGUUGCAUGGCGCGGUUUUUGAGAAAUGAGGACAACCUCUCGUCGAGGCAGAACGCGAUGUGCGUGUUGAGAGACUUGAUGGAUUUGGAUCGGGAUUUUGUCCGUAUCCUAGUUGGGGAAAUCGAGGGCGUAGAAGAGGCCGUUUUUCGAAUCGUGAAAGUGCCGAUCGGGUCACGGGCGACCAAGGCGGGGUUGACGGUCAUCCAACGAAUGAUGACGUGGGCGGUGACGUCAUCGUCGAAGUUCGUCCGCAUGGGACUAAUCCCUUCGGUUCUCGAGAUAAUAGUCGACGGGGACAAGAGCGCGUGCGAGAAGGCCUUGGGAGUUCUUGAUACCGCAUGUGGUUUUAAAGAAGGAAGAGAGAUAGCGUACGAGAACGCGCUUGUGAUCCCGUUGCUCGUCAAGAAGAUUCUACGGGUUUCGGAGGUGGCGACGGGUUUUUGCGUGUCGAGCCUCUGGAAGCUGCUGUGUUUGGGGGAGGUGAAGGAGAGGGGUUUGGUUGAGGCUGCUGAGUGUGGGGGAUUCCAGAAGCUUCUGCUUGUGCUGCAGAUCGGGAGCAGUGGGGACAAGGAGAAGGUGACGGAGCUGCUGAAGGCGAUGAACGCGUGUCGGGGGAAGGUGGAGUGUUUUGAUUCGUCCUUGGGGUUUAGGUAUGUGAAGAGGUCGUUGGACUGA